AUGAGACAUAAAUAUAAAUUUAAGUCCUUAUAAUUUUAUAUAAUCUUUAGAAACAUUUUAGAUAAUUAUAUGCCCUAAAUCAUUAGUCUCAAUUAUUGUUAUUAUAAAUGGUAUGAUUUGUUUUAAAUAUAGAAAUAAUAUUACAUUAUUUUCAGUUUAUUCUCUUCUUUUAUUUUUAAGCUUUAUGUUAAAAAUGAAGCCUUAACAUUAUUUAAAUUAAAAAUGAACGAUUUAAUCAGAGAGAUGGAAGACACUAAUUCAGAUGCUUCUAUUGUAGAUUUCGAUUUCGAAUCAGAUGAAGAAGAAAUUAUUAAUUAGAAUGAUUAGCCCAUUUAAGAAAUUUAAGGUCCUGUAGAAAUUGUUAAUCAAGAGGAAUAGGUGAUUUUGGAGAAUGGUUCAUCUAUUUAAGGCUAAUAAAAUUAUUAAGAACAAAAUAACUAAGAGCAAUAAGGAGAAUAAAAUGAGAUUUCUUUACCAGUAUAACAUUAUCAAGUAAAGCCAAAACCAAUAAAAUACAAAUAACCUCGAGAAUGUAAUUUGCAAUAAGGAUAUCAAAUUUUAAAGACUUUUGGCUAUUAUGCUCAUACUUCGUACAAAAAUGUAUAAUAGAAGAAAGAACAAGCAUUUAUAAAGAUUUCAAAUUAUAUAAUUUCAGAAGUCGAAAAGAUAAAAAGAUUAUGA